AUGGCGGACGUGUGGAUCUCGCGCAAGAAGUGGACGUGCAAGUACUGCGAUGUGACGAUCAACGAUGACCUGCCUUCGCGGCGGCACCACGAGACCGGUGUAAGGCACAAGCAAAAUGUGCAGAAUGCGCUUCAGGAUCUCUACCGCAAAAGCGAGCAGGGUCGCAAGGAUGCCGAGCAUACCAAGAAGCAGAUGGAGCAGAUCGAGGCGCUUGCAGCAGCGAGCUAUGCUAAAGACCAGGCAGCAGCUGGAACGUCGGCGUCGGCCACAGCUCCGUCCGCAACCCGCACGACAGCUCCGUCGGCGGCUGCUUCUUCUUCAAAGGUUCCAAAGUCAAGCAUUCGUCGCCCGCCUUCCUCGAGCGCUCAGCCGGAAGUGCCGGAUGUGCAGCCUGUCGCCGAGGCGGGUCAAUGGGAACAGGUGGAGCAAGCUCAGCCGGCCGCUCCGUCCACAUCAGCAUUCGGAUCACAGCCGACAGAAACCACGGAACGCGACCAGGCGAGGUCGUUCCGAGUGAGAGAAAAGGUGGGGCGACUAGACGACAGCGAUGACGAUGACGGUCUCGAGGCCCGCACAAUCAAGGUCAAGAAGAGACCACGAACCGAGGCAGAAGCGAAAUCUCAUCCUGCACCAGGAUUGACUCGUCCCGAGGUCGAACACAUCCACACAUCGGCUGCCGAAUCUCCUGCAUCGAUAGACACACAAGCGAAGGUCAAGAAGGAGGAGUUGGGGGACAAUGUGCCGGCCGAUUCCAACCAAUCAGAUGCGGACGGCGCUGAUACGAAGACGGCCAGCGCAUCCAACGGUGGCGGCGGCUUGUUCAAGAAGCGUCGCCCGGGUGCUGGAGCCGGCAGCAAGAGGCGAGAGACACACACUCAGCCCCGCGUGCCUUGGCUCGGGCCUCCAGCGGCGGCUGCCACGUCCCAGCAGCGCCUUGUCAGAGCUGCCGCAGCGCUGCACUGCAGCCCGGCCGCCCCGUCCACGUCGACACGAACCGGCAACCGAAGCUUCCAGCUCACCCUGGCGGACGCGCGCACACACAAAGCCACCUCGCUCGCCUUCGCCAUCCUUCCUCCCUUUCCACACCAUCAACCUUGCCACCGAUACCCCGCCUUGGCAUCGUCGCCAUCGUCGCCAUCGCCACCCGUCGCUGUGACCCACUCGCUGUCGGAAGUACAAGUCAUUAUGGUUCUCGCCAGCCGCUCAACCGCGGUGGCACAGCGCCGCAAGGCUGCUCGUGCCACUGGCCUCACCCGACCCGCCUUCAUGACCAUCAUCAUGGCCAUCCUCGCCCUCCUCACCUUCUCCGCCUUCAUGGCCCCCGCCUCCUCCGCCGGCGGCAUGGGCGUCGCCGCUGCCUCUGACAAGCGCAGCGAGUACGGAACCGUCAUUGGUAUCGAUCUCGGAACCACCUACUCGUGUGUCGGUGCUCAGGUCAACGGCCGUGUCGAAAUCAUCACCAACGACCAGGGCAACCGAAUCACCCCGUCGUACGUCGCAUUCACUCCCGAGCGUCUCGUCGGUGACGCCGCCAAGAACCAGGCUGCACAGAACCCCGAGAACACCAUCUUCGACGCCAAGCGUCUCAUCGGCCGCAAGUGGGGCGAGUCCGACCUCAAGAAGGACGCCAAGCACCUCCCCUUCAAGCUCGUCGAGAAGAACGGCAAGGCCGCCAUCCAGGUCAACGUCAACGGCGAAAAGAAGACCUUCACCCCCGAGGAGGUCUCCGCCAUGGUCCUCCAGAAGAUGAAGGAGACCGCAGAGGCCUACCUCGGCCACAAGGUCACCCACGCCGUCGUCACCGUCCCCGCCUACUUCAACGACGCCCAGCGACAGGCCACCAAGGACGCCGGCACCAUCGCCGGUCUCAACGUCCUCCGCAUCGUCAACGAGCCCACCGCCGCCGCCAUCGCCUACGGCCUCGACAAGAAGGACGGCGAGUCGCAGAUCAUCGUCUACGAUCUCGGUGGAGGUACCUUCGAUGUCUCGCUCCUCUCCAUCGACUCGGGCGUCUUCGAGGUGCUCGCCACCGCCGGUGACACCCACCUCGGUGGUGAGGACUUCGACAACCGCGUCUCCGAUUACAUCCUCAAGCAGUUCAAGAAGAAGUCCGGCCUCGACGCCUCGUCCAACAAACGCUCCGUCGGUAAGCUGAAGCGCGAGGUCGAGCGUGCCAAGCGCACCCUCUCCAGCCAGAUGUCCACCAAGAUCGAGAUCGACGGCUUCUUCGAGGGCAACGACCUCGACGAGACCCUCACCCGCGCCAAAUUUGAGGAGCUCAACAUGGACCUCUUCCGCAAGACCAUGAAGCCCGUCGAGCAGGUCCUCAAGGAUGCCGGUGUCAAGAAGGACGAGAUCGACGACGUCGUCCUUGUCGGUGGUUCCACCCGUAUCCCCAAGGUCCAGGCCAUGCUCAAGGAGUACUUCGGCCGCGAGCCCUCCAAGGGUAUCAACCCCGACGAGGCCGUCGCCUGGGGUGCUGCCGUCCAGGGUGGUGUCCUUGCCGGUGACGAGUCGCUCGGCGAUGUCGUCCUCAUCGACGUCAACCCCCUCACCCUCGGUAUCGAGACCAACGGCGGUGUCAUGACCAAGCUCAUCCCCCGUAACACCGUCGUGCCCACCAAGAAGUCGCAGAUCUUCUCGACUGCCGCCGACAACCAGAACACCGUGCUCAUCCAGGUCUUCGAGGGCGAGCGUUCCAUGACCAAGGACAACAACAAGCUCGGCAAGUUCGAGCUCACCGGCAUCCCCCCUGCGCCGCGAGGCACUCCUCAGAUCGAGGUCACCUUCGAGCUCGACGCCAACGGAAUCAUGAAGGUUUCCGCCACCGACAAGGGCACCGGCAAGGCCGAGUCCGUCACCAUCACCAACGACAAGGGCCGUCUCUCCCCCGAGGACAUCGAGCGCAUGGUCGCCGAGGCCGAGGAGUUUGCCGAGCAGGAUGAGGCGGUGCGCAAGCGCAUCGAGGCCCUCAACAACCUCCAGAACUUCAUCGCCUCGCUCCGCAGCCAGAUCGCCGACAAGGAGGGUCUCGGUGGCAAGCUCGACAAGGAGGACAAGGACACCAUCAAGCAGAGCCUCAAGGACGCCGAGGCAUGGCUCGACGAGAACAGCCAGACCGCCGAGGGCUCCGACAUUGAGGAGCAGCUCAGCGAGCUCCAGGCUGCCGUCGCCCCCAUCACCGCCAAGAUCUACCAGGGCGGCGCUGCCGGUGGCGACGAUGAGCCUCUCAACUACGGCCACGACGAGCUCUAG